CGUACGGGUCGGAAGCGAAAACUUUUACUUCUCGCGCCCUCGCACAAGGCCGCGCAAUUUGAUCGAAGACGGGUUCGAGUGUUCGCAGGGGGUGUUCGUUCAGGUGUCGCGUGGCUCAGAAGUGUGUGGAUAAUAUCGUAGUACGACGGGAAAGUUCAGCGCCUGACAGUGUGAAAGGAAAACAAAAAUUAUAAAAGGUCAUAAAGAGUGUUGUUUAGCACCAAGUGAGAACUAGUGUCGAUCGCUGCUAACGUAUAUAAAUCAGCGCCGUGGUCGGCAACUUGCGGCAAAGGAUAAUGUUCAACUAGGUUCAACUUCGACACCAAGCAGAGGAUCCAGCAGAAAGUGAUUGUUUUGAUGAACCUCUCCGAAAGGAUCGUGCUUUUAGAUGAUCCAGGAUGCUGACAACGAUUGCAUUGAUACUGGCUGCAUCCGUACUGCGGAUAGGCGCCCAAACCCCUCCUCCGACGAAUGACCUACCAACGCAGGCUCAGACGCUUCCGAUGCUGCUGCCCACCGUUCCGCCUGAUCAGCUGUUCGCGAUCGUUCAGCCCCAAUCGGCGCCUCCGGUAAUGAACCUGCCACCUUCCCCGGGACGAGGAAUCCAAUACGAACAUUCGAUAUCGCUUGGACCCAACAGUAAUUAUUACGUGUACUAUUCGGAUCACGUUCAGAACUCACAACAACAACAGCAGCAACACCAAGAACAACAUCAGCAGCAACUGUCACAGUCCCCGCUCGUUUACCAGCCUCUCGUUGGAUACUCCAACGAUCAGUCUAGUCAGAUAUUAUUUAAUCCGAACACCGUACCGGUGCAGCUUGUGACACUGUUGCAACCGACUCUGGACGCUGCUGUUGCUCAGGAGAAUGCUGCUGCCACGACUCCUGCUACAACCACAGAGAAACAAUCUGGUGUGGAUUUAAACGAAGAAGGCAUUCAGAAGCUAGUAUCCUCCACACAGAACCUGGUGAGCAACGAAGAUGUCGUAAGUAUCAACAACGCUGAAGAAGAACCAACCGAAGCCGUCGCAAAGGAAUCCAAAUCGUCUAUUGACAAUGGAGUGGUUGACGCUCCGGUUGAUAACGAACCAAGCGAAAGCCGAAAGAAUGAACAGAAGUUAGCGGACAACCUGGCAGUGGCGUCCUUCGCAAAGCCGAUCAUAGUCGGUGAAAUGCCCGAAGGAACCGCUAGAAAUCAUCGUUCCGGGGAUCGUUCGGAAAACUACCUGAAACAGAUCAACGUGGAAAUUAUCGGUGAAUCCGAUGAUCACAACAAAGGUCAGUACCUGAAGGAGACAAUUUUCCCGGCGAACGAGUUAACUUCUGAACCAUGCGAUGAUGACCAAAAAUCAACUCCCGUGCUGAUCAAACACGAAGUCACCACAAUUCGACCGAUCAGUUUGUCUACCAAAGGUCGAGGAACGACAGCAUCCCGACUCAGUACUCGCUUCCGAACCACGACAGCACAACAACCUUCCUCAACUGCUCGUUACACGGCAAAGGAAACCACCGCAGUAACUCCGAAACCUGUCUCCAACAAGUAUCUAGCUCCGAUUCAAGCUGGAUUGCGGCUUUCGAAUUCGGAGCCAAAUAUCGAUGACUGCCUAGACGCAAUUCUGCAGCCACCAAAACAAGAUCUAAAUGUUGAGAAGAAGACUCUUGUUGAGAUCCAGAAAAGUGUUAACAUUAAAAAUAUUCUGGUGGAUCAGGAGAAACCACAACCUGCCAAACAACAAGAGUUUGGAUCUCGCACUAAAAUAAUCCAACAGCCCAUUUUUAUCGAGAAACCUGUCGAAAAAAUUGUAAAACAAAACGUCUACAUCGAGAAACCGGUUGAUCGAAUCAUUCAGCAACCGGUCUACAUAGAAAAACCAGUACCCCAUCCGGUCGAUCGCAUCGUAGAGAAGAAGGUGCCCGUUCCGUAUCCUGUUGAAAAAAUUGUGGAAAAACCAGUGCAAACAGUCGUUCAAGUUCCAUACGCCGUCGAGAAGCAAGUACCCGUCCAUCACUACAUUGACCGUCCUGUAACCCAGCACGUAGCCGUUCCGGUUCCCGUUGAAAGAAUUGUCGAAAAACCUUACCCGGUGGACCGAGUCGUCACCAAAGAGGUUCAGGUUCCCUAUCCCGUAACUCAAUUCGUUGAGAAAAUAGUUGAUCGUCCGGUCCCAGUUGAGAAAAUCAUCACAAAAGAGGUCCAAGUACCAUACCCAGUCACUCACGUUGUCGAUCGACCGUAUCCGGUCGAGGUUCCCGUUGAGAAGAUUGUAGAAAAGAUUGUCGAUCGACCCGUCGAAACAGUGGUCGAGAAGCACGUUGAAGUUCCGGUCCCGGUAACGGUUGAGAAAGUUGUCGAAAAGUUCAUUGAUCGUCCUGUUCCUUACCCGGUCCAGGUCCCUGUCGAAAUUCCCGUUCAAGUUCCGGUCCACUAUCCGGUAGAAAUUCCCGUCGGGGUUCCCAUUCCAUAUCCAGUCGAAAAACUAGUUCCCGUCCCCAUCCACGAACCGAAACCAACACACGCUAUCAUCAAAACAACCACUCACGAGAAAUUGUUUGACUUCCACAAAUUCUUCGGUGGUAAAAAGAAACACUUCACCGAACAUAUUUUCAUCAAAGCCCCCUCGCACCCGAAACCUCAACACCUCGAAGCCAAAAAUUUCUACUUCCACAGCCAAUACCCAAAGAAUGACCUCCACUUUGGUGCAUCGAUCCAGACUCCCACUUACGUAGAUGUCGCCCAAUUCAACGUCCUCCCACAUCACUACCCAGAGAAGCAGAAAUUCUUCUACGGCGCGCAAUACUCCGGAGACGCCUUCAACGGUAAUCCCUACCAAUACCACUACAAUAGCUACCAACCGUUAAACGAUCACUCACAUCAAUUUGUAGGCAAACUUACCUACCAGGGCCCAUCGUACCAACAGCAGCAGCCGCAAUCGGUUGCGCAGCAGAUUUACCGGGACGACUACGUCGGACCGACUCCGCUGCUGGAAGAUCAUUGGGCCGUCAAGAGUGACGUCAAGUUCCGCAGGAGUCCAUCGUACGGCAAGAGCUUGCGGAUCGAGUACGGUGGCUUCAAGCCACCCCUAGUGCCAUCGGUGGAAAUCGACGAGAAUGGAAAUCCGCUGAAAAAGGAGCAGAACGGGAACUGAGUGGAAGGGUGCGUUCGGAGAGAGGAUCACGGUCGGCGGCAUAUCGUAACUGAUUGUGUGCUGAACGUUGUGCUUAUGUUAGCAGUAGAACAGUCGUGAAGUAUAUAGAGCGGUAUUCAAUGAUUAUUGCUAAGACAGAGCUUAGGUUUAAUUUCAUUGUACACAGGAUUCAU